UAUGCUUCUUGGCCAAUCCUUGUUAGCCAUUCAUCAUUCUCGCUUACAAACGUAAACAACAUAUACCGGACAUUCCAGAACUAUAAAAAUGUACGGUCGUCACCCAAGCCAAAUAGAUUUAGCACCGCUACCAAUGACACCUUUUUGUAGAUGUUUUUUUACACAAAGUAGAGUGAUCUGCACCUUCCAAGGAUUAUUACCUACUUUAAUAAGAUGUCGUUGUGGCGAACGUACAGAGAAAAGGGAAAAGAGACGAAGUAGAAUCAAUAAGGAGUUUGAAAAUAUAUUUUGUGAACCCAGUGGUGUAGAAUGGGGUUGGGCACGGGAUGAAAUUAGUGGCUUAAGAGUUUCUGGCAAUGAUGUUAUCUUUCCUUACCAAUAUAAUUCGGGCACGGUAAUCGUGCGCAGUGAACGUGAACUGGAAGUUGGUAUGGUGCAUUUUUGGGAAAUGCGCAUCCUAACGCCACUGGAGGGUUCCGAUGUGAUAUUCGGUAUUGGCACCGACAAAAUUAACCCCCAUCAAUUCCCGCUUGGUCUUAAUGCUGAAUCGUGGGGCCUAUCAUUCUAUGGCAGAAAACAACAUAAUGGCCGCCGAGCAGCCUAUAGCCCGAUGUUCUCUCAGGGUUGUGUUGUGGGCAUUUGUUUGGAUAGGUCUCGCGGCACUUUGGAGUUUUACCUAAACCGUCGUUCACUUGGUGUGGCUUAUAGGAAUAUUCCAUGUGAUCCACAAGUGAAACUCUACGCAAUGGUAAGCUCCACGUCCACUAGAUCAGCUAUUCGUCUAAUGAACUCUACGUCACAAAAGGAUUGCCUGCAAUUGCGCACUGUCCAAGCGCUUUCAAAUCGGCCGAAAGAUCUGAAGCUGCUACAUAAGAUACCCGGUUAUAAAAUUUUAUUAAGAAUUUAUUGGUUCUUCCUAAUGCCACCACCAUACACGCCUAUCGAAUUGCAACUAAUCUCUAAUACGUGGCGGACUAAUUUAAGGAAUAUGAUUAAUGAAUUGUACGAUUGGACGGACUAAUUUCAAUCAUCGAUUGUGAAAAUUUAUAGAAAUUUGGCUAACGUUCAAUUAGAUCACAUUUUAGUUAAGCUAAUUUUUACGAAAUAUAACAAAAUUUCAUAUUAAAUUAUAUUUUCAAAUAUACUAGAAAAAGCAAACAUUUAAAUCAGUAUAAAAAAGUUUCACCUUUAAAUGAAUGUUAAAAAUUUAUUUUCAACUUUACACAGGCAAAUGAUAAGAAAUCGAAAGAAAUUGUUUUCACUAUGAUUUUCGUUUAUUCUUCAAUUCACCUUAUUUCAAACUGUGCUAUAAAGUGGAUUGUCUACAUUCUUUUUAUUUGCAGCGAAUUAAAUAAAAACAGCAGCUAUUAA